AUGGUUAUGGAGUUGAAACAGAAACAGUUCAUCUCCAACUUUAACCUUGCCCAGGCGCAUGUCAAAGCACAAGCUGAAGCUGAGGCUACUAAAAACAACGAAGCCAUUGAUAAAGCAAUCUAUGAGUCUGAUGAAUUCCGGAUGUACGGUUUAAAGAUCAAGCGCUGCACCAGGAUGCGCAGCCACGACUGGACCCAGUGCCCAUUCGCCCACCGCGGCGAGAAGGCUCAACGCCGUGACCCUCUCAAGUACCCUUACAUCCCUGUUGUCUGCCCCGCCUUCCGCGACGGAAUAUGCCCAAAUGGAGACAACUGCCAAUUGGCUCACGGAGUGUUCGAGUUCUGGCUGCACCCCGCCAAAUACCGCACCCAUCCAUGCAGUGCAGGUAAGUUCUGCACACGUAGGGUUUGCUUCUUUGCCCACUCACCUGACCAGCUGAGGUCCUCCAAGCCAAAAUUCAACAGCCCUAACCCAAAAAGCAAGGGAAAGAUGACGAUGAUGAACGGCGGUGGUGAUAAUCAUAAGCUGAUGAUGGUGGUUGGGUCUCUAUCGGGCAGCGGAGAAGGUUCCAGGCCAAUGCAGGCACAUUUUGUCGACCCAUCACCACUGCAGUUGGAAGGGUUUUCAAGUUUGCUCAAGAGCUUGAGGACAUUGAAGAUGAGGGAAGCCGAGGCAAGAGCGACGAACAAAAGCAACAACAACAAUAAUAAUAGUUUCUUUAGCGGCGGAGUUGAGAUGGCGGAUUCGUAUUUGUCACAUUUUGACUGGAUUUCGAAGCUGCUCAAAUAA